AUGUCGGAAAUAGCCCGCCUAGCACCGACAUCGACAACCUCAACAUCAAGACGCGGAAUGGGUGCCUACAAGUACGUCGGUGAACUUUACAAGAAGAAGCAGUCGGACGUCCUCCGAUUCUUGCUUCGUGUACGGUGCUGGGAGUACCGUCAACUCAAUGUCAUCCACCGCGCAUCGCGACCAUCCCGACCCGACAAAGCCCGCCGCCUGGGCUACAAGGCCAAGCAAGGCUACGUUAUCUACCGCAUCCGCGUCCGACGUGGAAACCGAAAGAAGCCCGUCCCCAAGGGUGCCACUUUCGGCAAGCCCGUUCGCCAGGGUGUCAACCACCUGAAGUUCCAGCGUGGUCUGAGAAGUACUGCUGAAGAGCGUGUUGGCAAACGAUGUGGCAAUCUUCGUGUCCUGAACUCCUACUGGGUUAAUCAAGACGGUGUUUACAAGUACUACGAAGUCAUCCUCGUGGACCCCAACCAUAAAGCUAUCCGCCGCGAUCCCAGGAUCAGCUGGAUUACGAAGCCAGUACACAAGCGCAGAGAAGCUCGUGGUCUUACCAGCAUCGGGAAACAGAACCGUGGCUUGGGCAAAGGUCACCGUCACAACCACACUCCUGCUCGGUCUACCUGGAAGAAACACAAUACUCUCAGCCUCCGCCGCUACAGAUGA